AUGCUGGACAAACCUUCCAGCGCUUCAUUGAUGAGAAUCCAGGCAUUUCAAGAGCAAGGUAUUAAGAUAGAAGAUGAAGAUGCAGAGGAAUUUGUCGAAUCAUCGGAUAGCAAUUUUUUUAAUGUGGGUGGAGCUUAUGAUGAACAUUUAAAUGAGACAUUAAUGGGCAAAUAUGAUCUUCAACAUAAAAUUGUAAAGCAAAAAUAUUUUAAGGAUAACUUGCCCAAUCUGUUAACUUGGAGUGAAAAAGAACAAAUCCGCCAUCUGGCAACAGCACAUCCAGAUGAGUGGACACCAGAAAGAAUUGCAGAAAGUUUUCCAGUUACAGCUCAAGUUGCCAAGAAAUUGUUGAAAUAUCCCUGGAAACCUGCUACUGACGAGAGGAUUGCACGCCAUGAUGCUUCUGCUCUGAGAAAUUGGAAAGAUUUGAAAGAGAAUACACUAAACAUACCAGAAGAUUUACGUAAACACCUUUUGAAGUUCUCAGAGCGUAAAAUACCCCCAUUAAAUAAAAAAUUCGCUGGUGCAAUGAUCAACCAAAAUGAUCAUAUUGACUCUGAC